UAGAGUCCUGCGCUGUGUAGCCCACAAAUUCUAGAUUACGAAGAAAUCGAAAGACGAUAAUGGCGGUCUCUACUCUGACUGUUGCAACAGUUCAGACUCCUCACCUCCUCCACACCUUCAAACCCAACAUGUCUCCAUCCACCUUCAGAAGCAACUCUUCUUCUUCUUCUUCUUCUUAUUAUUAUAUAAGGUCGGAGCUCUCACAGGACCUCAAAGGUUCAAGUAAAAGGCGGUUUUCUGAUCUGGGUCUUGGUCUUCUAGCGGCUUCACUGGUGAUUUCAUCCCCAUUAGAUGCCAAUGCAACCAGGAUUGAGUAUUUUGCCACCGUUAGCGAGCCCUCCUGUGAUCUCAACUUCGUUCAAUCAGGGCUUGGUUUCUGCGACGUUGCAGUUGGGACUGGAAAUGAAGCCCCUUAUGGAGAACUCAUUAAUAUACAUUACACUGCAAGGUUUGCAGAUGGGAUAGUCUUCGAUAGCAGCUACAAACGUGCAAGACCGCUCACUAUGCGAAUUGGUGUUGGCAAGGUCCUUAGGGGUUUGGAUCAAGGUAUAGGAGGAGGUGAAGGUGUCCCUCCAAUGCUAGUUGGCGGAAAACGCAAGCUUCAGAUUCCUCCAGAAUUAGCAUAUGGACCUGAACCUGCAGGAUGCUUUUCAGGUGAUUGCAACAUACCUGGCAAUGCAACUCUUGUCUAUGAUAUUAAUUUUGUGGGAAUCUACAAGUGAAAAACCAGUUCGAGGAACCAGAUCUAUGAUUUCAGAUACAUGGGAAAGCAACUGCAAUUUUCUAUCGAGGUCAUCUACAAUAAAUGCCCAAAACCAGUAACUGAUUUGGGGCAUCCGGCAACUAUGGCUGAACUGAACACGAACAGAAUUAUAGAUUGCCAUUUCAAUGAAGGUGAACGAUGCAUUGCAGAUCAUGACAGGAAAAGCCAUGCCCAUUCCAGAUAUGAAGAGAGGAACUGCGAUAUCAUAGUUUCAUAGAUGAAGACAAUGUACCCAAUUGCAUUCCAGAUUCCAGUCAUAAAGGACUCAUAACAAUCCACACCAUUUCUGAUUUUCUGUAUAAUACAGAUAAUAUUUCAUCCAUCUCAACAGUCAACCACCACUCAGUAGCAAAAUUCCAAUAAACCCAAAACCCCGAUUUUAUAGUGUUAA